GCCAAUCGAGGGCUACCCCCAACACCAUGCGCACUACAAUCAACUCCGAGCAGAGGAGUGGAUGUAACCGGGCGUCAUAACGUGUGUAGGCUCUUGGAAAACCAUGUCUGUAGGAAAUGAUUUUACAGAUAACAGAAAUGACAGAAAAGGGGUAUUUUAGAAUGGAUAGUGCGAUGCAUUUUCUCUGUCGUGAUUUUGCACCCUUGGCGUUUCAUGACAACACCCCAUGAUGAAGUUCGGAAAGAACAUCUGUAUUCUCAACGUCGGGGGCACCAAGUAUGCAUUUACAAGGGAAAUCAUAAAGGAUUUCCCUCUCCGACGGGUAAGUAGACUGCACAAUUGCGCAUCCGAAAAAGAGGUUUUGGAGGUGUGUGAUGAUUAUGACCACGAGCGGAAUGAGUUCUUCUUCGAUAGACAUUCAGAGGCUUUCGUCUUCAUCAUGCUGUACGUGCGUUCGGGGAGGCUGAGAUUUGCCCCGAAAAUGUGCGAACUCUCUUUCUACAACGAGAUGAUCUACUGGGGUCUGGAGAGUACACAUCUGGAGUUUUGUUGCCAGAGGCGACUCGACGACAGGAUGUCCGAUACACACACUUACUUUUUCGAGGAGGACGUAAAGGCAGACGAAGAGUCUGGAGACCAGUGCAUGACCGUCACGGGCCCUACCGUCAACAGUGAAUGGAACAUCAGAUGGAUUGCAAAACUUCGAAGGAUUUUUGAAGAACCGACGUCGUCGAUCGCUGGUCAAAUUUUGGCUGCUCUGUCCGUUAUUUUCGUGAUCUUAUCCAUGGUCAUUCUUUGUGCAAGUACUCUGCCAGAUUGGGAAACAGCCAAAAAUAGAAACACAGAGGAACACAGGACCAUCGAGGCCGUGUGCAUUGGCUGGUUCACCGCUGAGUGUGGCAUGCGUUUCCUGCUCUCCCGCAACAAGUAUGACUUCGUCCGUCAGCCGCUGAACCUCUUGGACAUUCUGGCCAUCAGCCCGUACUACAUCCUGCUGGUCACCACGGCGCUGCUGGGCGAGAGCCUGGAGAUCCAGCGCGCCGGCACCAUGCUGUGCAUGCUGCGCAUGACGCGCGUCUUCUGGCUGGUCAAGUUGGCGCGCCACUUCCACGGCCUGCAGACGCUGGGCCUGACGCUGCGCCGCUGCCGGAGUGAGCUGGUCAUGCUGCUGGUCUUCAUGUGCGUGGCCAUGGCCAUCUUCAGCGCUCUGGCCCAGCUGCUGGAGCACGGCCUGGACCUGGAGCCCAGGAACCACGACUACGACAGCAUCCCCGCCGCCAGCUGGUGGGUGAUCAUCUCCAUGACGACGGUGGGCUACGGGGACAUGUACCCCAUCACGGUGCCGGGGCGCAUGCUGGGCGGCGUGUGCGUGGUGUGCGGCAUCGUGCUGCUGUCGCUGCCCAUCAGCUUUAUCUACCACAGCUUCCUGCAGUGCUACCACCAGCAGCGCUUCCGCUCUUCUCGACCCUCAAAGAGCCUCUCGGCCGAGGUCCUCAACUGACCUGCGGUCAGUCUGGUGGCCUCCCGUUGGUCUUCAUCUGUCACACAUGCUGACCCUCUGUUAGCCUUACACAGUCUAGUAGAACCUUUUUAAAAAGUUCUUCUUCAUUUUCAACAUUGUGUCUUCACCAUUUAUAAUGUUCAAAGCUACUGUUGGGGCCUCCACAUAUCAUUGGUACCCCUGAUAAAGAUGAGUACAAAAAAAGAGGUAUAAAAAUGUCCUGUUGGCAUUUUACCCUAGUUUCAUAAUAACAUAUAAAAAUGCAAUAGUAAUUUUUUCUCUUUAUGAGGAUUUUUUUCCCAGAGUAUGUUUGCUUCCCUUCAAGGUUGGAUUUUUCAUCAUUAUGUUCAUUGUUAAACUAAGAUGAAACGCCAGCACCAAUGUUUUUGUAAUAUUGAUUUUUACUCAUCUUUACCUGGGGUCCCAAUGGGCUGUUCUAAUUAUAGGAAGCUGUAGUUUAUUACAAAAUUAUUAAUCUAAAUGUACUAUCAGACAUUAGUGACACACAAGUGAAUUGUUUUCUUUGCAGAUAUAAUACAAAGAGAGAUUUCCUUUUGGACUUCCUACUUGUUUGAUUGUAUUGUUUUUACAAGGAACCGAGAGAUCAAACAAGCACGUCUCUGGUUCAGCUGAACUUGGAGGGCAUAUCACAGUGCCUGCUGCAGAUGGCCAGGUUGUCCUUGUAGAACUGUGCUAAGCCGCUUGGCUUAAGUCAGCCCACAAGAGCCAUGUGCCCCCUCCAUGUUCCCUAGUCCGGUUCCCAUGGUGAGGCCUCUCCAUCUUGGUAGAUCAGUACCUUAGAGCAGUCUUAGAGCAGUCUGGCACAGUAUGGGUUCCCAUGGUGAGGCCUCUCCAUCUUGGUAGAUCAGUACCUUAGAGCAGUCUGGCACAGUGUGGGUUCCCAUGGUGAGGCCUCUCCAUCUUGGUAGAUCAGUACCUUAGAGCAGUCUGGCACAGUGUGGGUUCCCAUGGUGAGGCCUCUCCAUCUUGGUAGAUCAGUACCUUAGAGCAGUCUGGCACAGUGUGGGUUCCCAUGGUGAGGCCUCUCCAUCUUGGUAGAUCAGUACCUUAGAGCAGUCUGGCACAGUGUGGGUUCCCAUGGUGAGGGAGGGAGAGCGCAGAGAGUGAGGGAGGUCUGGCAGAAAGUCUCCUACAUCUCGCCACGUUCCCUUGACGACAGUCAUCACUACUGGGUAGGAAGAAGUGGGCAGUAAGCUUCACAUGGCGGAGUUUUGUCCUUUUUCUUGGGCAAAGGUCAUGGUCUACAGAAAUAUGGGCAACUGGCAGUUGGUAUUUUGGGAAACAGGAAAUGACAGGAAAAAAUGGUCUUUGUCAAUGUUUUAUGCAUCAUGUUUGCCCCUCGUAGCAUAUUUCGUGCUAUGAGUCAAUGCUUUACAUUAAUAAUGGACUCUUUCUAGCAUUUGGUACUACACAUGAAGAAAAUAAACAUAGUGCACAAAUGGAAUGUUAUCCAAUGCCAGCGUAAUGUCUUGAAUGGUGUGAAUCGCUUUGAUUUACACUUCACCCACACACUGGUGGGAGCACCACCACUCCACCACAAUCCCCUCACACUACACGCUUAACUCCACAGUGAGACAUUUCAGUGUGAUUUUGGCUGGAGGGACGUACGUGUUUUUAAUCUUGUGUCUGUCCUAAGCUAUGGAACUAUCAUUUUUGCAAGGGAAUUUCCUUCAUUAAAAUAUAAAAUGAUGCACAGAAGGAAGAAAGUACAAUGCAUUAGUAUUAUGGCUGGUGGCUAGCUGUUUUUUUUUAUAUUGUUUCCACAUUAAUGCUUUGUAGCUUGUAAGGCUGUAUACUGUACAUGUGUGUUAACAAUGCAUAAAAUGUUGUUAGUUAUAUGUGACAACAUGUGUACAAAUCCAGAGAAUAUUUAAAUGUCUCACUGCAUCAAAUGUAUCA